AACUAGGAAAAACGACAGCGGUGUUGGAGACACGUAACGUAACGAAGAUGCGCAGUUUUCAGUUAAGGGGGGUGGUCGUUGUUGUUGUUGUUGUUGCAGUGGUCGGGUUGUUGUUGUUGUUGGGUCACAUACCAAAGGAAGUCAAAGCCUCCACCUCGGCUUCGGCCUUCGUACAAAACGCCAUCUACUCCAACAAGAUUGCCUUUUUCUCCAAAUCCUACUGCCCGUAUUGCUUGCGUGCCAAGGGGAUACUCAGUGAACUACAUGAGCAGCCUUUUGUUGUUGAGCUUGACCUCCGAGAUGAUGGGGCUGAAAUUCAGGAUGUUCUUCUGGAUCUGGUAGGCAGACACACUGUCCCACAAAUAUUUGUGAAUGGGAAGCAUAUUGGUGGCUCUGAUGAUCUCAAAGCUGCAGUCCAGAGUGGACAAUUGCAGAAACUUCUUAGCACAAGUUGAUGAGGCACUGGAAUUAGAAAGAUUCUUAGCUUGAACUUAAGUUUAUGGUGAGAUUAUAUUUUCAGCUCUGUGAAUAGAGCAAAUCACGUUGAUGUAUUGACUCUGCUCAGGCUUAUGGAUAAUGGAGAUUAAGGCAAAGACUAAUGCCCCUUACUAGUAUUUGUGGUUUUGGCAUGUAAUCACUUGUUAAUUUGAGUUAACAGAUUAUUUUAAUGUAUGUUGAACUUUAGACUUGUGAAUAUCUUACUCAAAUAAGAGCAGUGAAAAAAUUAUAAAGCCAUGUAUCUUGAUGUUUGA